UUUUGGCUUUUUUCAGUCCUCUUGAGGUAUUAGAUUAGUUGAAGGAAGUGGACUCCAAAUCUGUACGGCCAGAACAUGAGAACAUGAAUUGAGCGGAUAUUUUGUCGUGGAUUUGGACAGUGCGGUUUGCUGGCAUCAUCCAUGUCAAAGACCAAACCAUCUCUCAGAGCAACUGGUGACAAUGGAAGAGGCAAAGAGGAGGAGGUCUGUGUUUAUUACAAGUGUGGCAGAUGCAGCAUAAUCAAGGAAGUCAUGAGCAAAAGACCAGGCUGGAUUGAAGUCAAGGAAGAUUCUGAGUGUGACUUUAACUGGUGUGACGUGGUAUGGCUCAGAAAGGAAGUGGAAUAUUCACAGCUGAAGAAGCAUGUCAAGAUCAAUCACUUUUUCAAUCAUUAUGAGCUGACUGGAAAAAACCUCAUGGCAAAGAACCUCAGAAAAUGCCAAAGGAAAUCGGAACGAGAUCCUAAUUCUAUGGGAAUGUAUGACUUUUUUCCAGAAACAUAUGCUCUGCCUAAUGAUUACACUCUUUUUGUGGAGAGGUUUAAAAGAUGCCCUGGUAAUAUUUGGAUCAUGAAACCCGCAGCAAGCUCUCAGGGAAAAGGCAUCUUUCUAUUCCGAGAACUUAAAGACAUUGUGGAUUGGAAGGUGUCAUGGCGGACACUGGAGGAGGAUAAAGAGGAGGCUAAAGCACCAAGCUAUGUCGUCCAGCGCUACAUUGAGAACCCAUACCUUAUCAAUGGACGGAAAUUUGACCUCAGAAUUUAUGUGUUGGUUACUUCAUUUGUACCAAUGAAAGCAUGGCUCUAUCGCGACGGCUUUGCCCGCUUAUCGUCGACUCGCUUCUUCCUCGGAAGUAUUCACGACAAAUAUAUGCACCUCACAAAUAUAGCGAUUCAAAAACAAGCACGUGACUACGACCGUCACAAACCUUGCAAGUGGCAAAUGCAGCAGCUCCGAAGUUACCUGACCGCAAAGCACGGCCGGGUGGUUGUGGAGACGUUAUUCAAUUCAAUUGAUAACAUCAUCAUCGGUAGCUUGAAUAGUGUGCGAGAUGUGAUGAUAAAAGACACACACUGCUUCGAGCUUUAUGGAUAUGAUAUUCUGCUGGAUGACAGUCUGAAACCAUGGUUAUUGGAGGUGAAUGCAUCACCCUCAAUGAUACCAAGCAGCCCACAGGAUUACCACUUGAAGUUUGGGCUGCUGGAAGACACUUUAAAUGUCAUUGACAUGGAAGGACGAUUGAGUGGCAAAGAGAAGAGAGUGGGUGGCUUUGAUCUGAUAUUGGAUGAUGGUGUUGUCCUCCGAGAGGACGAGAACUCAAAGACAAUGUGCAAAUCAGUGUUUGGUGCCAACUCACACUUAGGAUGCAUCAACAACAGGGAAAAGCAGCUUUCAUGCCUUUUCUUUGCAAGAGGCCUCCAAGGUGAGGACCAGCGGGAUCCUGGGCUUAUCCCAAGGCACUGUCCGUUGAAAGACCUUCAAACGCACUAAGACACCCAAUUCCAGUCUCGGUUUGUGACCAAGUCACCUGCCUGACUUCAAAUGAACCUGGAGAAUCACGAGAAGGACCAGCAACCAAGAUUUGUUUUUUGUCUGCUAGAACUACAAAUUUUGGAACAUCAUCAAAUGUCCAUAACAUGACAGUAACCCUACAUUUUGAGACAUUACUAGAACCUUCACUUGUCUUUCCUCACAGUGCAUAGACAGCUAGUUUCAUGCUCCGUGUUUGUGUUGCCCACAAAUGCUCCUUACGCAUCCCAUUUUAAUACGCUGUGAUACCAUCUGCUUCUCUGAUUGUGUGGAUAGUAAAACUGUUUUCAAUAUACUCCGCCCCUAUUAUGGGAAUGAGCUCUUCUUUUUUCUCAUCUGGCUCUUUGAAAUGACAAUAUAGUCUGCAGUUAACUCAUCCGUUUCCACGUGGAACACCAGGCAAGAAACAGAAACAAUUCCAUCUGUCCUCAACUGUGUCAGGUUUACUCUAUUAAGUCAUUUUUUGUGUUUCAAUUUUCAAAUCAGAUCAUCCAUAUUUUAAUUUUGGGUUUCAUACAGUAGGGAAUGGAAGCUUGUUUUGUCUUUAUCCGUUGAAGCUCACAUUAACAUAGGAAAGCAAACAGCUGCUAGUAAAAUGCGUAAAUGAUUUUCAUAGUCUACGAGCCAAUCACGAUAGAGAAGGUGGCACAGGCUGCUGGUGAGGCUUUGAUUCCUCCUACACAUACACACUUAUUCAAAGAGUCUCAUGACGUAAUAUUGACGUUGAGGAAGCAGACUUGUGCGUCGUAUGCUGAUGCCGAUGGCAGCCGGUAGCAUUGCGUGUUGAUGAAUAAAGCUUUCAAUUGAAGCCAUCCACGGCAUAUCCUAAUACCAUGGACAGUGCAUCACGUAAUAGAAAGAUGGAGUGUGGGGCUAGGCAAGCCAUGCAUGGUGUGUUUCAGUCAAGGACAAUGCUUUUACUCCAUUGAAAUGUCUAUUCGUCAACAUGCAACACGGAAGGCUGCCUUUGGAGUCAGUAUAGGACGCAGAUGUCCACUUCCCAACAUCAGCAUACUUCACCGUGGCAGUAAGGAUGGGGUGGUCAUCGGCUACACUUUUUUUUUUAACACUGUUUUUAAAGCUGAUGCUCCUCUAACUCAACCCCACAGCUUCAACUGCAUGGCAGAAUGAGUGCAUCUUGUUUGACCUGCACCACAGAGCUAAAGGAUUUAAUGGUAAACAUGACGUCGCAGAGCCUUGACCGCUGGAACAUCUUACUAUGGACAUCCCUGUGAUAGGAUGUCUAUCAACUCGAUUACAACUUUUUAUGAGGUGUUUGUGUGGCAAUUGCAUUAUGAUGACAACAAAUGUUGCUGUAGAGCAGUGGUUUUCAACCUUUUUUAAACCAAGGCACACUUGGUUCCUUGAUCCUAAGGUACACUAGCCAAGGAACCUCAGCCAACGUGCAAUAAUGCUUGUAGAAAAUCCUUUUCAAUUGGUAAAAAAUAGUAGCUACUGACACUUGGCUACUUUGGCAUAUUAGCAGAAACAAAACGCAGAAAGGAGUGGGCUAUAUGGCAAAAAUGUAUCAUUAUAUUUAGUUAUUUUUAAGUGUUUUAAUUUUAUCACAAUCUCUUUUGUAUGAUUUUAUGCUAGUUUGGGUAAUUUUCAGACAAAUCUUUAACAUUCUAUAACUUGCUUUAAUGACAACGAUUCUUUAUCUCUUCACCUUGUGGAACUCAUUUAUUUGGCUCUGCAUUUGUGUUUUAGCCAACUUUUAAACAACAAAGCAAACUUUGAUGAUGUACAAGUUUCAAUAAAGUUUUGAAGUGAUACAUCACAUUAGCCGUUAGCUCUGUUAGGUCUGCUUUGCCAGCAGUCUUUGGCAUCACGGGUCGGACAUGGUGCACUCCAUCGUUCUGUCAGGAAGGUGUGUGGUCAAGUUAGAGCCACAUCAGGUUUAAAGACAACUAGAUGUUGCUCACUUGACUGGCUUCUUUGCUGUGAGUGUGUGGGAAGAGGAGCGUUGCGUGCAGCACUGUGAGUGGACGAAUCGCGUCAGCAUAACUAGUGUCCAGAAGAAUGUGAUCGAAUAUAUGUAAUCGCCUCACGUUGGUAGGUCAUCAACACAUUCUAAUUGUUCAUAAUUUCAUGUCAUCAUAUGGUCCACCUCUAUCUCUGGACCAAUAAGGUGAAGUUGAAAAACAUGGCCGUAAGAAAUGCAAUGCAUUAAGUGAGUGACUAUAGCGAAAUAUGUCAAACACUUGAAAUAGUGGACCGAAUGCUUAUCAAAUAGACAUUAUCCAACUAACUUGUCAGCGGUGCUUCUAGAUGAGGAGAAGAUGCAUUGCGCUUAUCCUGCUCUGUCUCUUUUGUUUCAUACGCAAAAUAAUAAUAAAGAAAGAUAAAACAGCCAUUAGAAAUGAAUACUACAGGCCUUGGAUGUGAGACCCUACAUGGUCAAUUUUAACAUAGUAAAACUGUUCUCAGACACAGGUUUUGUCUGUCAAGGUUGGUCCUUCAUGAAACCAGUGAUUUCAAAUAGGUUUU